AUGUUGAAGAAAAUUCGUUUAUUAACAAUUUCUCCAGAUAGUUGGGGUCGUAAAAUGAUACGAAAAUGGUUCGACUGUACGGAUUAUCAAGCUCGACAGGCAUUAUUAUUAAAAAAAACUAAAGGUUUACUUACAUUUCCUGAGUAUUUUUAUGGAAAUAAACAUUUAACCGACGAUACAAUUAAUUUAGUAAAAGAAUUUUAUUUACAAGAUGGUAUUAGUCGAGCAUCGCCACGAAAAAAAGAUAUUAUUCAUAUUAAUAAAUUACCUGUAUCGGUUCGUUUUAUGGAAAUUACAAUACGUGAAGCAUAUCAAGUAUUUAUUCUUCAAAAUCCUGCUGUUAAUAUUGGUAAAUCCUCAUUUUAUGCUUUACGACCUCGUGAAGUUAAAUGUAUUCUACCAUUAGAUACAUGUUUAUGUAUAUAUCACGAGAAUAUGGAUUUACUAUUGAAAGGUUUGAAUAUAUAUAUGAAGAUGAAUUCACUUGAACAAAAUGGUGGUUUUGAAGUAAUCACCGAUAAAUAUUUAAUUAGUCGAAUUGUAUGCGGUAUUCCAACUGAAAAUUGCUUCACUCGACAAUGUGACUUGUGUGGUAUGAUUAAUCCAUCAGAUGUUCUUAGAGAAAAUAAUAAUAUUAAUCAUGAUGAAAAUGCUUCUUGGUCACAAUGGAAAACAUUAAAUAACAAAGUUGACCUUCUCUACACGAAUGGUUCUUAUGAUUUACUUCUUGAUGAGAUAGAUUCUCAUUGGACAAUGUUUCUUUUGCGUUCAUAUUUCACAACAGAACAAAAGAAUAUAUAA